AUGCUCCCCAGCGCCCUGGCGGCCCACGCCGGCGCGUACUGGGACGUGGUGGCCUCCUCCGCGCUCUUCCACUUCCCCGCAGCGCCCGGCUUCGGCAAUCUGGGCAAGAGUUUCCUGAUUGAGAACUUGCUGCGGGCUGGGGGCGCCCCGCCGCCGGGGCUGCAGCCGCCCCCGCCCCACGGCCCGGCGGCCGCUCUGGCCACGGCCACAGCUACCGCCACGGCCGGCGCGCAGGUCCGGCCCCUGCCCGCCAGCCCCGUGCCCCUGAAGCUGUGCCCGGCCGCCGAGCCGGUCAGCCCCGGCGGGGCGCCCUACGGCACGCGGUGGGCUUUUCAAGUGCUCAGCCCCUCUGCGGACGGCGCCAGGCUGCCGGGCCGGCCCCCGGGGGACAGAGACUGUACCUUCCACCCGUCAGCGCCAGCGCCUUCCAAGCCUUUUUUCCUGACGGCCCCGCCAUUCUACUCAGCGUGCUGCGGUGGGUCCUGUCGGCGCCCCGCAUCCCCCACUGUUUUUCCAAAUGAGGAGAGUGUGCUGCCUCUCCUGGCACAGGACUCUAACUCCAAAGCUCGGAGGGGCAUUUUGAGAAGAGCCGUCUUUUCUGAGGACCAGAGAAAGGCUCUGGAGAAAAUGUUUCAGAAGCAGAAAUAUAUCAGCAAAAUAGACCGGAAGAAACUUGCCAUCAACCUGGGACUAAAGGAAUCACAGGUGAAAAUUUGGUUUCAGAACAGAAGGAUGAAGUGGCGGAAUUCCAAAGAAAAGGAAGUGCUUUCCAACAGGUGUGUCCAAGAAGCAGGCCUUCCGGAGGACCCCCUCUCGUGUUCCGCUCUGGGCUUCCCUUCUCCGUGUCCUUCCCUCUGGGACGGCUCCCAACAGCACUCGAGUCCCAGGUGGAGGGAGAAUUUGCCAGAACCUCCAGAAAGACUAAUCCAGGAGAGUUCGGGGGCACAGCCCCCAGAAGCCAAUUCACUGCGAGGUGCCUUAUAUUUGUGUUCUGAAGGAGAAGCUGGAGACAAGGGCGUACUUACCGGGGCCGUCUGAAUGGAAGCGUUCCUCCACGUUAAUUUAAAAGAACACUUAACUCAUAAUGUUUGGACUCUAAAGCCAACUAGCUUGUGCCUCAUCAGUGCCUAAAACCUAACAACGUUGGAGUGAUGCAGGAACUAAUGCUUUAGGAAUCUUUUCCCAUUGUUCUGUUAUUUGGGUCUUAGACUCAGACUUAAUUUGUAAGUGGAAUAGAAUCUCCCAGAAAGUAUGAUGGAAGUGAAAAAAAAAAUGAGAGUGGUAGUUGGCUCAGUCUAAAUAUGUGUAUAUAUAUGAUGUGUCUCUAUGUGUAUAUGUAUAUAAAUAUUCAUUAAAAUACAUUAGUAGAAACGCCAGUUUCUCUUUAAAUACCGCAUUGAGCAAAUUCAUCUCCUUUUACAUGAAGAAAAACCAACCAUUGGCCAAAUGUUAUUAAUUU